AGAUCAGUACUGUUUUAGUCACGACUAGCAGAACAUCUUCUCUUGUUUUAGAGCGCUUAACCUACUGCGGAUCUUUUUUUGUUUCAAUUUAAAAAAAUACACAAACAACAACCACCUCAAUAUUGUUCGUAUUCAACGAAGUGCGGUUCCUUACAAGCGAAUCAAAAAUUCUUACGGAAGAACGUUUGUUUUUUUUUUUUUUUGUAAUUCAUUUAAAAAGUACUGGUGUGUAAACCAAGACGAUCGAUCGUUUGGUCGUUUUGACAACCAAAAGGAGACAGAGAAAAGAAUCAGAGCCAAGAACGGCUAAUUAAACGAAAAGAACUGUAAAUUAUUGUGUCUUUGUAAUGUCUUUUAACUGGUUUAAAUUGUGUCAUUUCGAGGCUAAGCAGCAGUCAGCUAUUCCAAAAAAGUUAUUGCAAAUCGUUACCAAAUUGAACACGAAAAUGUUUUGAACAGAUUCUGAGUUUUGAGAUAUUUACUACUCAAAGAAACAGUAAAGAAAGCAAUCAGUAAAUGAUAAUUAACACAAAAAAUACUAAAUUCCGAAUUUAGUAAAGCAGAAUAGCGAAACGGAAAAAAAGUGAAUUAAAACUGUGUCAAAAGAACCCUUGAACCAUAACGCAAUAGCAAACGCAUAAUAAAGUAUAUCUUCGAAGAUUCUCUAUUACCUUCGAAGCUUUUCGAAUCAUAGCCACCAGCAGAACGUCACUGUGAGAUACGCAUCAUUUGUCGCCAUUAAACGCGAAGAGAAGAGAAAAAUCGCCAAAAUUCCGCCCUCAUUGCAAAUAAAGUUUUCCAAAACGGAUACCUUAAGAGGACGACCUAUGUCAGUGCAAAAUUAUUUAUCGUUGAUAUUCAAUCAGAACGCCAACGCUCUGUCGAGGACACCGCAUAAUUUAGAAUUACUGAACUCUUUUAUAACGUAACAGUGAAAGUUUUAAACGAAACCCCCACAAGAACAACAACAACACAAUAAAAAACCGUGACAACGUCGUCGCCGCCAGCCAUCCGCCAUAAACCCCCCUGCCCGUCAAAAAUAUCAGCAACGAUCAAACCGUGGAAGAGCCGCAAACGCCGCCGCCGCCGUCGCAGCAGCAUACAAAUUUUGAUUUAAGGCGCCGAAUACAGCCUUUGAACAAUAGCCGUAGCAAUUUAUCACAAUACCACCAACAACAGCAGAUACCCUGUCACAUCAACGUCAGGAAUUCUAUAGCAAAAGAAAAAGAAAGAGGAGACGAGAGUGCAAUCAACCAAACAAAAAAAAAAGUAGAACAAAGUAAAGUUAUCAUCAAGUUACACACGCACACACACACAUUGUGGACUAUAAAGAGAGAAAAAGUGGAAAUAACCGACUCUAAAUAAAAAGGAAUCUAAAAUCAUUUUUGUUUGGACAACUGGAUAUAGUUUUUCGACAACCAAUUUGUCAUCAAUUCGUCAAACCCCCAAAUUGAUAUUUUGUAAUUAUCAAAUCAAGAUUCGAUUUUAACAAGUUUUUGUGAAAAUUUGCCAUCAUUCAUAAUCAACGAAGAAAACGCCGAAGAAAGAAAAUUAAA